AUAUUUUGCGAGACACGAAAUAGUCUCACCGGCCACGAGGAAUCAAGGGAAAGGUGCGUGCGUUGUCAUCCUUCGAUUUGGACCCUGGUUAUGCCACUCGGUGUAUUGUUCUUGUCGUUGUUGGAUAUAACGGAGGAAGGGCUCACACUCCCUCGCUCGUCAUCGGCCGUCCUCUUCGACAGCCAGGUUCUACUCGCAGGUUCUGUAGGAAACGCUAAAAGGAGCACGGUACAGGACGACCCAGCAUCGACUUUCAUCUCGCUCGCACAUUAUCAACAACCGUACGAGCCACCGGCCACGAGACAUCCCGUCGCUCACGAUUCACAACAAGCUCCCUACUAGCAAGUGUCUCGGCAAAUCCGGAACAUACGCGAGACGUUUUGGUUCGGAGGCAGGUCAACCUUUAUCAGAUUAGAGGUAGCAUUGCGACUUUAGCAUUGUCGUCUACCUCGAGCUUUGUUGAAGGAGAAGGGCAGACGAG